CCCCGCCCUUCCCCGCCAGUGGAAGAGUGCGCCUCCCGGGCUGAAGAGAAGGGCGAGUUUGCAGCUCGCUCGGCUUCUGGAGGCGGCGGCGGCGGCAAAGGGGCCAUGGCGGCCACCGAGAUUGCGCGCCAGGUGGGCGAAGGCUGCCGUACCGUUCCUCUUUCUGGCCAUGUAGGAUUUGACAGCCUGCCUGACCAACUGGUUAAUAAAUCAGUUAGCCAUGGUUUCUGUUUCAACAUCCUGUGUGUGGGAGAAACUGGGCUUGGAAAAUCAACCUUGAUGGAUACCCUUUUCAACACCAAGUUUGAAGGUGAACCAGCCUCUCAUUCACAGCCAGGAGUUCAGCUAAAAUCCAGUACUUAUGAUCUUCAGGAAAGCAACGUCCACUUGAAGCUGACCAUUGUUAGCACUGUGGGUUUUGGAGACCAGAUUAACAAAGAGGACAGUUAUAAGCCUAUAGUGGAGUUCAUUGAUGCCCAGUUUGAAUCUUAUCUCCAAGAAGAACUGAAAAUCAAGCGGGUUUUACACAACUAUCAUGAUUCCCGGAUCCAUGCCUGCUUGUAUUUCAUUGCCCCCACUGGCCAUUCUUUGAAAUCUCUGGAUUUGGUAACAAUGAAGAAGCUAGACAGUAAGGUAAAUAUAAUUCCUAUUAUUGCCAAAUCUGAUGCCAUUUCCAAGAGUGAACUGACAAAAUUCAAAAUAAAGAUCACAAGUGAACUUGUCAGCAAUGGGGUGCAAAUCUACCAGUUCCCUACAGAUGAUGAAUCCGUUGCAGAAAUAAAUGGGACCAUGAACGCUCACUUACCAUUUGCAGUGAUUGGCAGCACAGAGGAAGUGAAGAUAGGAAAUAAAAUGAUGAAAGCGCGUCAGUAUCCCUGGGGGACAGUGCAGGUGGAAAAUGAAGCACACUGUGACUUCGUGAAGCUGAGAGAGAUGUUGAUCCGUGUCAACAUGGAGGAUCUCCGUGAGCAGACACACACGCGUCAUUAUGAGUUGUAUCGACGGUGUAAACUGGAAGAAAUGGGAUUUAAAGACACUGAUCCAGAUAGCAAACCAUUCAGCUUACAAGAAACAUAUGAGGCCAAAAGGAAUGAGUUCCUGGGAGAGCUGCAGAAAAAGGAAGAGGAGAUGAGGCAGAUGUUCGUCCAGAGAGUUAAGGAGAAGGAAGCAGAGCUCAAAGAGGCUGAAAAGGAGUUGCAUGAGAAAUUUGAUCGCUUGAAGAAACUUCACCAGGAUGAAAAGAAGAAACUGGAGGACAAGAAGAAAUCACUGGAUGAUGAAGUCAAUGCAUUCAAGCAGAGGAAGACGGCAGCUGAAUUGCUCCAGUCUCAGGCCCAGCAAGCGGGAGGAUCGCAAACUCUGAAACGAGAAAAGGAGAGGAAAAACUUUUUCUAAUCUGUCUUCGCCUGCUGCAUUGUGUCUGAGGGAGAAGAUUGCCACUUGAGGAAAAGUGUAGGGAUUCCCAUCCUAUUUCGGAGAGGGAGGGGGAGGAAUGAGUAAAUCUUAAGAUAUGUGGAAAGACUGAUUUUGUUUUGUUCUGUUUUUUUUUCCUGACUUGCAUGGGGUGUUUAAAGCCAAGGUGUCUUGUAGUCACUGCAACAAGACAGCAAAAUAAUGUAAGGAAGGUGAACAUCUCUGUAAAGUAUUAGAACAUCAAGGAGCAGCCCUAAAGGUGAUGGACGAAUUCGUGAUAUAGCUGAAUGACACUGAGACAGUUUUGUUUUUUUAAAAUUCCCUUCCUAUUUUUGCCUAAUAUAAACAUGAUGGAUGUUUUUAAGUAUCUGUGAAAAACAAUUGUGCUAAUUCAUUGGUUUGCUUGGAUUUUUUUUUUAAAAGAAGUUUUAUGCAAUGAACAGUGAACAGAGAAACAAGCGACUUGCUACCUCUGAGGAAUAUUUAAUUUUAACAAUGAAGCAAAGGGCAGCAGGGGAGGGGGGGGAAAGUAUAUUUUUAAUUGGGGUCCUAGGUAACCUGUGCCACAAUAGUAAAAAGUCAUCAGCAGAUUGAGCAAUAGUUCUAGUUUCAAAAUCACGUAAAUUUAUUGGAGACCAGUGCACCAUAGUGGUGAAGAGCAUGAUCUGAGAUAGAAAGCCCCCAGUUUAAGUCUCCUCUCAGCCAUAAACUCUCUGAGUGGCCUUAGGCAAGCUCUUUCAGCUACCAUCCCCCAUAUGGGAAUAACAGUACUUGCUAACCUUACAGGGAUGUUGUAAGGAUUACCAAGAUAAGACAUGUGAAAUGCUUUGAGAACAGAAAAAAAAUCAUUGUAUAAAUGCUAAAUAUUAUUAUUAUGGUGAUUUAAAUC